AUGACUCGAGUCCUCCUCACAGGCGGCAGUGGCUUCAUCGCUACCCAUGUCCUCGAGAUUCUUCUGAGCCGAGGACACUCCGUCGUCACCACGGUACGAAGCCUCGACAAGGCAGAGAACAUCAAGAAGGCCCAUCCGGAUGUCGGGAAAGACAGGCUCGACUUCGCCAUUGUUCCCGACAUUGCUCGCCUCGAUGCCUUCGAUUCUGCUGUUGUCUCCGAGCCCCCCUUCGAGGCCGUCAUUCACACCGCCAGCCCUUUCCAUUAUAAUGUCACGGAUGUCCAGAAAGAUCUCCUUGAUCCUGCCAUCGUUGGCACCACGGGGAUCCUCAAGGCCAUUGCCAAGAAUGCCCCGACUGUGAAGAGGGUGGUCAUUACAUCUUCCUUUGGCGCCAUCACCAACCCAUUCAAGGGCUUGUGGCCGGAGCAUACCUAUUCCGAAGAGGAUUGGAAUCCUUUGACGCAAGAGCAAGCUGUCGAAAACCCUGCCAGAGGGUACCAAGCAAGCAAGGCAUUCGCCGAGAAGGCGGCUUGGGACUUCGUGGAGACGGCGAAGCCCAACUUCAGCCUUUCCACCAUCAAUCCGCCGCUGGUCUUCGGCCCUGCUGUGCAGAGCCUCAGCUCUCUCAAUUCCCUAAACACGUCCAGCCAAUACAUCCGCAGCUUCAUCACGGGACCGCCAAAGGAGGAGAUUCCUCCCACAAUGGUAAAUCCUAUAUGGAUAGACGUCCGAGACGCGGCGCUAGCUCACGUUCUUGCGGCUGAGACAGUUGAGGCAGCCGGCAAGCGAUUCUUUGUCACAGCAGGCUACUUCUCUAACCGCAAGAUUGUGGACAUUAUCCGUCAGAAUUUCCCCGAGUAUCACUCUGUGCUGCCGUCUGAGUCAGCCAAGGGAGGUGGUAAUCUACUAGAUCUGCCCGAAGGCGGCGUGUUCAAGAUCAACAACGAGCGGAGCAUCGACAUCCUGGGCCUCAAAUACCGAUCCUUCGAGGACUGCAUUGUGGAUACGAUUCGGUCUUUCCAGUCCGUAGGGGAGUAA